AUGGCUUCUGACAACGAGGCGGCCGCCGCGCCGCCGCCGCCGCAGCAGCAGCAACAGCAGAGCGAGCCUGCGGGCGCGGGUGAGUCGACCAGCAAGACGAAGCCGUCGACCGAGCAAACACCUGACAAGAAAGCCCGCAAGCGAACAAAGACGGGCUGUUUGACGUGCCGGAAGCGACGGAUCAAAUGCGGCGAAGAGAGGCCCAUUUGCAACAACUGCAUCAAAUCGAAGCGCCACUGCGAAGGCUACAACCAACGUGUCAUCUUCAAACCACCCAUCGGCGACUGGCCCGCCGCUCAGGGGAACAUCUCCAACACCCUCCCGUACCAUUCCGGCGUCAUACCGGGCGCGCGACCGGUGUACCAACAGCAAUUCCCGCCGGCGGCUUCCACCAAGACCCCAUAUACGCCCGCUCGAGCUGGCCCGAGUGGGCAGUACCAUUUCCCACUCCCAAACUACGGGCAGUUGAACCCGGGCCCGAGUCCGAGUGCGAAUCCCAUAGGAGCCGCGAAUCCCAUAGGAGCCGCGACUCCCCAGAGCGGGGGUUACACCCAGCCUAGCCCGCCUCGAUACACCCUCCAACCAUCCCACCUUGGAAGCCAACCGGAACAAUCCCACAAUGUCCGUACAUAUUCGGUCACUUCUUUGCCGACCGACUUUGGCUCUCAAAUGUCCUUUUCGCCAAGCACGAGCUCGGAGUUCCAACAGACGCAGUCCACACAACUGCAUUACCAUCCCACGACAGGCGCCCCGACGGCGCAGUCGCGCUAUUCUCAGCCUACGCCGCCACAGGACUACUCGCAGGGUCAGCCACCAUACCAGCAGGGCUCGUCGUUUCAGGGGGCCCCAUUCACGCCUCAACAAGGACCCACUUAUUCUUUCGGAGCUUCGGGAGCGGUGAAUUGGGAUCGCGAGGUGCUGCAUCAGGCAGACCAAGACGUUUUGUUAUGGCACAAGAUUGCAAACGGGCUGGCGAGCGAUCAGGAAACACAACAGUAUUACCCAAGGAUACCAGCCCAGCAGGACCAUGGGAGCGCGGCUCCCGAGACGUCGAGCGUGGCGACUCAUCCGAUAAUGGGCAAGUCUUUCUUCCUACCCCAUCACUCACAACCACAAGUGGAUGAUACUGACGGCAGUGUGCGCGUGGCAGAGCAAGCACAACCGGCGUCGCAGCUUCAGCAGGAGGUUCCGUUUGACGGAUUGCUGCAACGAACUGGGUACGCUGAAGACCACGUCAGCCCGACCGAAGUCCUGCAGGACGCGGCUGUCGAGUACGAGGACGACGACUACUGGGACGUGCAUUCGGAGGACGAGAUGGAGCUGGUGCCGGAGCAGACGAUUGCGCAGGGCCAGAACCAUGAGCUGGACCUGAUGCUGCAGAUGCACUGCGACAGCAUCAACGACGUCAGCAUACGGAGCUACGGCGCGUUCCUGCACCCGGGCACGCUCGACAACUACCGGCCCGAGCAGGUGGCCAACCCGCUGCGCAACCCGAAGACGGCCAGAGUGUUUGCCCACUUUAUCCACGCGACGGGGCCCAGCCUGUCGAUCUACGAGCGCAACCUGCGCAACGCGUCGGCCAUGUUCUUCGAGGGCCCGGCGGCGCACCCGACGCAGCAGAGCCUGUGGACGUACACGCUGCCGAUGAUGGCGCUGAACCACCAAGGGCUGCUGCACGCCAUGUUGGCGCUGGCCAGCCUGCACAUUGCCAACCUGCAGGGCGCAUCCAUCACGCCCUCCAUCAAGCACUACGCCUACGCGCUCAAGCGCGUGCACCACUGCGUCGGGCACCCGCAGAAGCGCCACCGCGUCACGACCCUGGCCGCCGCCCUGCUGCUCGGUUUCUACGAGGUCAUGACCGCCGACCACGUCAAGUGGAGCAGCCACCUGCUGGGCGCGAAGCAGCUGUUUGUCGAGAUUGACUACGCCGGUAUGACCAAGGCGUGGCGCAGGCGCAAGGCCGAGGAGGAGGCGUACGAGCGCAAUUUUGCGUAUGCGAAUCCGGGCGUGACGAUGCAGCAGCCGAGAAUGCACAAGGAGGGGGCGAACAGAGGCCCGGACGAGCGGCUCGUCAGCACCAUCAUUGGCAAGGAGCUGCGGUACGAUGAGUUUGGCCAAGUGGAGGAUGAGGGCGGACAGCAGGGCGCCGGCGCAAAGGUCCUGCCGGAUCUCGACCACUACGAGAUUUACCAGGACUUGUGGUGGUGGUACGUCCGGCACGAUGCGUUCCAGGCGCUGAUUAGCGGGAACAGAUUGCUCAUGGACUACACCAAAUGGGCGGACUGUCCGCCCCGCGCCCCCCUCGGCAAACAGGGCGCCCUGUACGGCUCGCACGACCAUCUGAUCCUGUUCCUAGGCCGGGUCGCGGACUUUGCGUCCAAGGACCGCGAUCGCAAGAUCCGGCAGAUCGAGGCAAACGGCGGGCAGUGGCGGCCAGCUCCAGGGAUGCAGAUGGGAGGAGGGGGAGGGAAAGCGGGCGGAGGCGCGCCUCCUGGGCCUCCCGGUGGUGGAGGAGGGCCGCCUCCCCAAGCCCCCGCUCCACCCCCCACCAUCCCCUUCUACGGCAUGGCGCCCAGCGCGCCCCAAACCAGCAUGCCAACCGCCUUCGCCUCAACAACGCCAGCCACGCCCACCACCAGCACCAGCACCAACAACCCCAACCCCCACACCGACCUACAAGCCGCGACCCUCGCCGCCCUCGCCGAAUGGGCCUCCAUCUCACACGCCCUCGACACAUACAUAUCACACCUGGGCCCGUCCUUCCAGCCCUUACCGGCCGACCUCGCGCCGCCCCUCCCGCCCACCCCCUUCGGCCCCGCCCUGCACUACCGCAGCUUCGACGUCGCCGUCCUCUGGGCCCUCGCCCUCAUGUGCCGCAUCAUCCUCGCGCGCUGCCACCCGCACAUGCCGCCGGCGGCAAUGGUGGCGGCCGGGGUCGCGGCGCCGCAGACGGCCGCGUGGGCGGGCGGCGUGGGCAGGAUUUGUGCCGGCGUUAUUGAUGGGCUGCUCGGCAAUCUUAACAACACCACCACCAAUACAAACACCAACCCUAACCCUGGCACCAACAGCGGGGCAGGCUCCGGGCUCCACGCCCCGCUCAACCCCUCCGUCGGCGCAGCCCUCCUCGAGACGGUGAUGCCCCUCUUCUUCGCAGGCAUACAGUACACGGACCUGGCGCAGCGGACCUGGCUGGUGCAGCGCGUCGAGGCCAUCGAGGCGCGCACGGGGUGGGUCAGCGCGGGCUUAGUGGCGCAGGGGUGCCAGAAGGCGUGGGAGCGGGCGGGGAUGGCGGGGCGGGGGCCGGUGUGGCCGCCUCCUAGCUCUACCUCUACCAACACCAACACCAACACCAAUACCGGCUCUAUCAACACUGGUGCUAGCGCGGGCGUUGCCGGCGGCGGAGGUGUUGGUGGAAACGGUGCUGAAGACCACGGCAUCCGCCGCGGCGAGCGCGCCAGUCUCGCGCAGGGCCGCGGCGAGCUCACCCAGCGCCGCUUCAUCUGGUCGAAUCCCGCGACGCGCGUGCAUUGGGCUUUGGGCAUCUUGAGCGGCGAGGAGGAUGUUAUGCCUUUGGGUGAGGGGGGCGGGGGAGAGGGUUGA